AUGAACCACUAGAACAGUCAUCUCUUCUAUCAGUACAUCGCAAGUAGCCUAGUACUCAUCCAACAAGAACUGUGUAGCUCGUUACCUAUGGCCACCGCUGCAGCGAGGUGCCAGCUGCUCUUGGUAGCCGUUGCUUUGGCCACGCUGCUCGCCGGCGUUGCGGGUGUCCAGCUAUCGUCGAGGUUCUACGACAGGAGAUGCCCGAAGCUGCAGAGCAUCGUGCGGUCAGCGGUGGCGCAGGCUGUGGCGACGGAGCCGCGGAUGGGAGCGUCCAUCCUCCGCCUGUUCUUCCACGACUGCUUCGUCAAUGGCUGUGACGCGUCGAUCUUGCUUGACGACACGGCGAGCUUCACCGGCGAGAAGAAUGCCGGGCCGAACGCCAACUCGGUGCGCGGGUACGACGUCAUCGACGCCAUCAAGACCCAGGUUGAGGCGGCUUGCAGCGCCACCGUCUCCUGCGCCGACAUCGUCGCCCUCGCCGCACGGGACAGCGUCAACCUGCUUGGCGGGCCGACGUGGACGGUGCAGCUGGGCCGCCGCGACGCGCUGAACGCGAGCCAGAGCGCGGCCAACUCCAACCUCCCAGGACCAGGGUCCAGCCUCGACACCCUAAUCACGAUGUUCGGAAACAAGGGGCUCUCGCCGCGGGACAUGACGGCGCUCUCCGGCGCGCACACGAUCGGGCAGGCCCGGUGCACCACCUUCCGCGACCGCAUCUACAGCGACGCCAAUGUCAACGCCACGUUCGCGGCGCUCCGGCAGCAGACGUGCCCGCAGACCGGCGGCGACGGCACUCUCGCGCCCAUCGACGUGACAACGCCGGACACGUUCGACACCGCUUACUACGAGAACCUGGCGAGCAGGCAGGGCCUGUUCCACUCGGACCAGGAGCUCUACAACGGCGGGUCGCAGGACGUGCUGGUGAGGAUGUACAGGCGCAGACCUAGUACGUUCUUCGUCGACUUUGCCAAGGCGAUGGUGAGGAUGGGCAACCUCGUGCCGUCGGCAGACACGGCCACGGAGAUCAGGUUGGACUGCAAGAAGAUCAACUGAGGUCCCGGCCAGGAGGAUGAAUGUGUGGUGAAGACUGAAGUCCAGUCCUGUCCAACUCGCGAGGACAUCUUCGAUGUGAAAUAGUCAAAAAGGCUGCUAUUUACCUAUAUAUAUGGGUCAAGUAAUCCCGUCACGUUUUCCAUUUUGUUUUUGGCAAUUGUAAUGAUGAAUUAAUCAAGAACAUAAUUCACAAAGAUCGAUCAGCUUUUUGGGAUUA